CAGAUCGAUAAACUCUUCCACAGUUCCCUUCUUCUCUUCUUUCCCCCCAUAUAUUUAUAUAUAUACACCACAGGAUCAUCUUCCUUCAAGCUCUGUAAGUAGCAGAAAGGUUGCAGAGAAAUGGCGCCCGCCGUCGAGUUCUCAGGCUCCGUAAUGGUUGCGACACGUCUGGCACGCAACGCCGACCAAGACUUGAUUUCUGAUCCAACCACCAUUUACAAGUUCGAGCUCUUGAGGGCAUUGCAACGUGCCAAAGAUAAAGAGGAGACGGAUGAACUGUGGAUGAAGAUAAGGGAGGAGGCCAGGCGGGAUGUGGAGCAAGAGCCCGUCUUGGGCAGCUUCUACAUGGCCGCCAUACUUUCACACGGCUCGCUGGAGAGUGCCCUCGCUACCCAUCUCGGCAACAAGCUGUCCACGCCUUACCUGCCGGUUUCCAGCCUUGCGGAGGUCUUCUGCGCCAAGAUCCUCGAAGACGGUACAAUCAGGUCGGCGGUUCGAGAAGAUUUGAAGGCGGUCAAGGAGAGAGACCCAGCGUGCGUUAGUUACGUGCACUGUUUGCUCAACUUCAAGGGGUUCUUGGCAAUUCAGGCUCACCGGCUGGCUCACAGGCUGUGGAACCAAGGCCGGGUUCCGUUAGCCUUGAUCAUUCAGAACCGGGUGUCGGAGGUCUUUGCUGUGGACAUACACCCGGCAGCGCGGAUCGGGAAACGAGUGCUGCUGGAUCAUGCUACAGGAGUGGUGAUCGGCGAGACUGCGGUCAUCGGCGACGACGUGUCGAUCUUGCACAGCGUGACCCUUGGAGGUACCGGCAAGGCCACCGGCGACCGCCACCCGAAGAUUGCCGAUGGGGUGCUGAUUGGUGCGGGUAGCUAUGUUCUGGGUAACGUCAAGGUCGGAUCUGGGGCUAAGAUUGGGGCCGGCUCCGUGGUGCUGAAGGAGAUUCCGGCCAGGACGACGGCGGUAGGGAAUCCGGCGAGGUUGAUAGGUGGGAAGGACAAUCCCAUCAAGUCGACAAAGAUCCCAAGCAUGACGAUGGACCUGACGUCUUACAUCUCGCAAUGGUCUGAAUAUGUAAUCUAGAUCUGCAGCAUCUGCUGCUUUGGUUUACCAAAAGGAGGAAGUUCCUAUGUACGUGACAUAUAUAUAAAUGUCCGUAAUCUUUCCUAUAUGUAGAUUAAUGUCCGUAA